GUGCGCGGCCAGCGGGGCUCAGCCAGUCCGCUGGAACUGAGGAGCGAUCAUUGAAUCUGCGGCUUUCAUGACGUCUCCCUGCGUGGCCCAUCACUUUUCUCCCAGCCGGGAAUUUUUUUUUUUUUUUUCCGCCACUCUUGCCUUUUCCCCGUUCCCUCCACCGGGUCUCCCGCCCGCGUCCGAACCCGACGCACACCCCUCCGCCCCUCCGCCCCUCCUUUGACCCCGCGCCCAGCCCUCCUCUCCGCUCGCGGCCAGAGGGAGCCAGUUUGCAGACGGCCGCACCUGGCCGGAGAGGUUGGGCGGGUGGAGGGGUGGGGAUCCGCGGGAACCGGGAAGCCAGACCCAGAGCUGGAGGCACCGCCAGGAGAAUGGAGUCUCCUAAUAGCCUCCCGGGGCUGGUGUGAAAUUUGACCACCUGAUUCCAGUUUUUCUUUCCUUUUCUUUUCUUUUUUUUUUUCUUUUUUCUUUUUUUUAAAUCUUCUCCCCUCACCAUCCAUCGUGUAGUGAAAUAUUAAAUCUUGCUCCGUUCCAAGAGAGGAGAUCAUGAUUGAGUGAAACCACCCUGUCCGCAACAAGAAAAAGCACAAAGAAGAAACUACAGCGAUGGCCAGGUUGACAGAAUCCAUGACUAACGUCCUGGAGGGCGACUCCAUGGACCAGGAUGUUGAGAGCCCUGUGGCCAUUCACCAGCCAAAGUUGCCUAAGCAGGCCAGGGACGACCUGCCAAGACACAUCAGCCGAGACCGGACCAAAAGGAAAAUCCAGAGGUACGUGCGGAAAGACGGAAAGUGCAACGUCCAUCAUGGCAACGUGAGGGAGACCUAUCGCUACCUGACCGACAUCUUCACCACCUUAGUGGAUCUCAAGUGGAGAUUCAACCUGUUGAUUUUCGUCAUGGUUUACACAGUGACUUGGCUUUUUUUUGGGAUGAUCUGGUGGCUAAUCGCAUACAUCCGAGGAGAUAUGGACCACAUAGAGGACCCCUCGUGGACUCCUUGUGUCACCAACCUCAACGGGUUCGUCUCUGCUUUUUUAUUUUCGAUAGAGACAGAAACCACCAUCGGUUAUGGCUACCGGGUCAUCACAGACAAGUGCCCAGAGGGAAUUAUUCUCCUCUUAAUUCAAUCUGUGCUGGGGUCCAUCGUCAAUGCAUUCAUGGUGGGAUGCAUGUUUGUAAAAAUAUCACAACCCAAGAAGAGGGCAGAGACCCUGGUUUUUUCCACCCAUGCGGUGAUCUCCAUGCGGGAUGGAAAACUGUGCCUGAUGUUCCGAGUAGGGGAUCUUAGGAAUUCCCACAUCGUAGAGGCUUCCAUCCGAGCCAAGUUGAUCAAAUCCAAACAGACCUCAGAGGGUGAGUUCAUCCCCUUGAACCAAACAGAUAUCAAUGUAGGGUAUUACACCGGGGAUGACCGUCUAUUUCUGGUGUCGCCACUCAUCAUCAGCCACGAAAUCAACCAACAGAGUCCUUUCUGGGAGAUCUCCAAAGCCCAGCUGCCCAAAGAGGAGCUAGAAAUUGUGGUCAUCCUAGAAGGAAUGGUGGAGGCUACAGGAAUGACGUGCCAAGCUCGGAGCUCCUACGUCACCAGUGAGAUCCUGUGGGGUUACCGCUUCACACCUGUCCUGACGCUGGAAGACGGCUUCUAUGAGGUCGACUAUAACAGCUUCCACGAGACCUACGAGACCAGCACCCCAUCUCUCAGUGCCAAAGAGCUGGCCGAGCUGGCCAGCCGGGCGGAGCUGCCCCUGAGUUGGUCCGUGUCCAGCAAACUCAACCAGCGCGCAGACCCGGAGACGGAAGAGGAGGAGAAGAACCUCGAGGAGCAAACAGAAAGGAAUGGUGACGUGGCAAACCUAGAAAACGAAUCCAGAGUCUAGUCGCCUAGCCGGGCGGCUCCUCCUCCCCUCCCCCCGCACAACCCCUCCUCGUCUCUCAUGCUCUCUCUCUCUUUUGUCUCUCUUCCUUGGUUGUGUAUGGAUUUGCAUUUGGUUUUGACAUGGCCAGAAAGCGAGUCUUCGAGGUGUGAAAUAUCUACCUGCCCUCUCUCGGUUUUGCAGAUGGACGAGGCAGACGCAGAUCUGGUGAAGGUGCCAAGCGCCCUCCCUCGCGGCCCCAGCUCGCUCUCUUCCCGAAAAACCACGCAUCCGGCUCCUAGGGACUUAAGCUACUUACCUGCAUGUCUUGUACAAUAGCAGAUCACUCAAAGGGCGUGUCAGAGAUCUCACCUGGGAUACGACAAGUUAGGUCUCUGGUGCCUAUUUACUCGUGCAGUGAGACACACCGUAUAACCCUCGGUUUUAGAGAUUCCAAUCAAUUCCAUCUGCAGGGCGACGUGCCUGCCCCCUACAGGCAUUGCAGUUAAUAGGACCCGGGUCAGGGAAAGACAAAACACUGUACAUAUAUAUGCCUUAUGUAAUUAUUUUUCUUUUUGCAGUCAGUAAUAAAACACAGCAUGUACGAAAAGUACUGGAGGACAGAACUUCCAAAUAAUGUACAUAGAUGUAUAAUUACUGUAGGUUUAGAUAUAUAACUUUAGAAAUAAGAUGAAAAAAAAAAAAAAAAGAUUCCCAAUGUACAGUAGGCAUUUCUGUUCCGAUGUCUUUGCUUUCUGAAUUUCUUUGGUCCCAUCGAUCACUGGCCCUUAGUGCAUGGCCUUUGUUCUGUGUCCCAGACUGGUAGUGUUUGGGUACCUCACUGUUCCCUUGCUUAUCCUCUCACUGAAUCUAAUAAGCCAUAGGUCUGGGGGAAGUUAGGCGGUCCGGUACAUGGCAAAACCCACCACCAAUAUCCUGAGAUACUGUGAAAUGUUUACAAAACUGAGGUCUCUCUUUUUUUUUUUUUUUUUUUUUUUAGUAACAGGAGCCUCACUGACUAGCCUGGGAGAAUAUUCCAGGGGGAGGACACUCUCUGGCAUGUCAGCAAUGAUGUGUUUAUGCUUUUCACAUGAGCUGUCACCCUUUGUAGUACAAGAGUUUGGGAAACUCUUCUCCUGCAAAAACCCAUGGAUUCCCCAGCUGUUCCACUCUGUAAUUGUGAGAAACUACAGACCUAAAAAAAUCAGACAUGGUAAUUUAGCAGAAGACGGUUUGGGUCUAAAGCCAUGACAUUCAUGAAGGCGUGCAGUGGGCGACAUGUAUUAUAACCAUUCGCCUCACACACUUUGACUCCAUCCGGCUCUCUCCCUGCCCCUCUAGCUUAUCCAUCAGCAUUUUGCGCAUUUGUAUUUAUUAUUAUUCGUCUUCUUUUAUUAUUCUGAAAUAAGGGUCAAAGAUUAAAUCAACAAUCUAGGUGACUAUGAAAUCUCUCUAGAGCGUGCCACAGGUGGGAAAUCAAAUCCAAAGUGUCUCCCAAUCAGAAGAAAACAAGCAAAAAAACUGCAGCCUUAAUUAAUUUUAAUCUGUGAAGAUAAAUGGAAAGAGAGAGAUUAAGAGAGAGAGAAGGAAGGAAGGAAGGAAGGAAGGAAGGAAGGAAGGAAGGAAGGAAGGAAAGGAAAG